AUGUCGGUGGAAGGGGAGGUGGUGGAAACAGUGACCAAAGUCCGAAGCGGACGGGAUUUCAUCCCCAUGAGGAAGAUCGUUCUGGAACAGAAGCCAAAAGCGGACACCUUAAGAGGUUGCAUCAUUGGUGUGAUGGACAGCGAUGACAGCAGCAGCAGCAGCAAGGAGGCCCUGCUCCAGGUGCUGCUGGAGAUGAGGAAGACGAUAAUGAAAUGGCUUCUGGAUCAGGCCUUCAGUGGACAGACUGUCAGGAGGAAAGUGAAACGGGCUGGUGUGUGGCAGACUAAGAAUGUUCCCGCUCCUGACGCUGUGGUGGACUACAACCGAAGCAUGGGCUGCGUGGAUGUGUCCGACGCUUUGAUUGGAUACUACAGCAUUCAUCACAAAACGAUGAAAUGCUUCCUUCUCCACAAGGAGCUGCACAAGAGGAGGGGUGACCCCGCCAGGGCGAAGCCACUCGCACAGAAGUCCUUCAGGGAGCAGCUUGCUAAAGAACUGGUUGAGUUUGCUGGAGUCCCUGCAGCAGCAACACCCCGCCCACCAACCCCCCCACCGCUCACAUGCAUGCCCGUGUUGCCACCAAGGUCAGGAGUGGUGACUGGGACACUUGAUGAAGAAAAGUGUGAGAAGACGCAGAGGCUGGUCUAUUCGAUUACACAAGAUGUGUGUCGAGCAGCAACUAACAGCAAGUGGAAACUCCCAAAGCACAUCCUCCUGUGUGCCACACUUCGGCACCUCUAUCGAAGCAAACAGCUCACAACCAUCCUUUCACGACUAGGACACUCAGAGACAUAUGACUUCAGUAUGGAACUUGAGACAGCCAUGGCCAAGGCUUUUGAUGAGAUGUCCACCAACCUGACCCCUCAAAUCAUCACUGGCGAGGGAAACACUGUUUUUCACGGCGAGUGGGACAACCUGAACAGAAUCACCACCAACGUUCAUGGUUCAAAUGUGGUAAACAGCGCCGGGGGAAUCAUGAUUCAAGAAGUGAAGGAGAGCCAUGUGAGCACCAAGAAAAGGACCCUUCCUCUCUAUGACAGGUCAUCCAACAUGAGAAGCCUUAAGAUCACGCCUCCCGAGACGCUGCCAGAGCUGGCAUUCAAAAGAGUUGGCCCCAAAUUCCCCAAGAAUGCCAACUUUACCCCUCCUGCUGAGAACCAAGUGUCAUAUGAUGCCUCAAUGUUGCAGUACAACACUCACCUCCUCAGCAGAUGGUUGAGCAGCCAGGGCAAGCAGCAAGUGCCUGGAUUUGGUGGUUUUAUUUCAAGCACAGGGAAAGUGCCUCCUAGGAAAUCUACCAUCGACUUUUACACCCCCAUCAACCAGCCCAUUACAGACAACGCAGUAGUGUAUGAGCUACUCAAGAGAUCCGAGGCAGCAACUGAGGAGGUUGGACAGCCAUAUACCAUCAACACGUUUGACCUGGGAGUAGUCAUGAAAGCCUGUCCUAUAGUAUGGAAGUACGAGGAGGAAUUCAGUAAGCAUGUGAACCUCAUUGGCAAGUUCCACACAGCCAUGAAUUACAUGGGCAGACUCACUGGGCGCAAGUGUCUUGGAGCUGGCUACGCCGAGAUCCUCAUAGAAGCUGGCCUCGCAAACAGUGGUUGCCUGAAAAAUAUCCUGAGCGGGAAGUCAUAUGCCAAGGCUCUCUUCAGUCUGAAGGCGGUCACAGAGGCACUCGAACGGUUGCUGUUCAAUGUUUUUCUAGAGGAGGAGAAACCAGACAUCCCAUAUGAGAUCCUCUUCAACCUCAUCCACUCUUGCACUUCUGAGAGCCUCAAUUCCACUCUGAACGAUCCCACACUGCUCAAGCUGAUUGGUGACUACCUCCAAUACCAAGACAAGGUACGCAGGGGCCACCCGGGUAAAACGGGCAUGUUCUGGCUCUCCAUGAUGGAUCAUGCCAGGCUGGUCUUUGCUGUGAAAACCAACAAUUUCGAGCUGUUCCAUCACUGCAACGGCGCCAUGGCAGAUCUCUUCUUUGCGUAUGAUGGCCACAACUACGCCAGGUACCUUACCUGGUUUGAGGCCUUUCUCACAAACAUCGACCUCUCCCAUCCUGGUGCUCUUGAUUACAUCAAGCUUGGAGCUAUAGCUGUUGCACGAUCAUUGAUCCCAGGGGCUCUCGCAGCAGUGGACAAGACCAUGGAGGAGACAUUCAUGAGGUUUGCUAAGACUUCAGGUGGUCUACGAGGUCUCUUCAACAACUGUGGCGCAUACCAGAAAUGGUGCCGCACAACCUCUGCCCGCGCUCAGCUCUAUGAGCUUACUCUUGAGAUGUGUGGCAUGAUUGACGACCCUGAGAUGCCGAAAGCAGGCAAGCACCGUGAGCUGGAGCCUGCCCAAAUCAAAAAGUCUGAAUUAGCGGUGCAGAGCGUCAUCUCUGCCAUCAAUGGCUUCACAAACCCCUGGAGAAUCCCAGACAAAAGUCGACUGUACUCCCUCGCAUCUGGAGCUCCCAUCGAUCCAGAGGUUGAGGCUGACGUGCUGCGGGCCGAGGCUGCAGGCAGGGCUGCCAAGGAGCAGUUCAUCCAAGAGCGCUUCAUUUCCAAGAGGAAAGACUUCUUUGACCGCCUCAAGAAACUUAUGCUCAAGACAAUGGAUUACUGCAGCAAGAGGGUCAAACUUACAUCUGCGCAGGGGAAGCUCUUUGUGUACAAGGAGCAGAGCAACCUCGCCUUUCAGCUGCUCGUUAAGUCGCAGAUUAUGGAGAUGCCCAUCAACCUUGAGGAACUCAUGCGGUAUCCCCUCUCACCUGUUCCUCAUGCCCUUGGCUCUCCGGAUGGCUAUUUUGCUAAAACCAACAAGGCCACUAUCCUUCACCAUCUGCUGCAGGACAGGGACGAAGACGUACCUUACCCCAAUGAUGCCCUCUUCAUACAGGAUGGCAACGCUCUCUUCCACAUGAUGUCCAACCUCCCACCGACCUUCGGAGGGAUUUGCAUGCAGCUCCUGGACCAAAUGGUUGCCAAGCACCAUUUGGAGUUCUCUACAGAUUGCUACCAACCAGAUUCCAUCAAAGCCCAGGAGAGGCUCAGACGUGGCUCUUCUGAGAAGCGCAUAAUUGAUGGUCCAAACACCCGGAGGCCCUAUGACUUUAAGUCAUUCCUUGGCAAUGAGCUUAACAAGAAGCAGCUAUGUGACCUGCUUCUCAGGGUCUGGGGGAGCAAUGAGGCAUCAUCCCGGAUUGAGAAGAGCAUGAAAGCAGUGGUGUGUGUUGACGGAAGAUCUUAUGACCUAACAUCAACAAAUGGAAAAGUCCAGACUUCUGAGAUCUAUGAACUGCGAUCCAACCAGGAGGAGACAGACAGCCGGAUUGUCCUGUACCUCCACCAGGCUGUCAAAUGGGGGUACAAGUCCAGUGUGGUGAGGACACCUGACACAGACAUCCUGAUGAUCCUCCUCUACCAUGCCAGCAGGAUCAACCUCUCCAUAUACCUUGACCACGGCUCUGGCAAACAUCGCACACUGAUAAAUGUGACAGAACUGUCGGAAUCACUGGGCCCUGACUACUGUAGCACACUGCUGGGAUUCUACGUCUUUACUGGGGAGGACUGUACCAGCGCUUUUAAAGGCAAAGGCAAGGUGAAUCCCCUGAAGAAGCUGGAGAAGACUCCUAAACUCCACAAAGCUUUCAGGCAGCUUGGUGCAGACUGGAUGGUCACUGAUGAGCUUCAAGAGGAGAUAGAGAGCUUCACAUGCAUUAUGUAUGGCCAAGCACGGAUGACAUCAGUUGACACAGUACGGGUGAAAAUGAUGAGAAAGAUGGUCGGCGCUGACAAAGUCCUGGACUCUAAGUCAAAAGUAGACCUGAAACGCCUGCCUCCUCCCAAGGUCUGUCUCAUUCCACAUGUCCAGCGAGCCAACUACAGAGUCACCUUCUAUAGGAGAGCAGACAAGGCAAUAAUCGAGAGCCCAAAACCACAUGAUCCAGGCAUGGGCUGGGAGAAGACAGGAGAAGAGGAGGUGUUGGAACCGGUCUGGGCAAUUGGGCCCAUCCUCCCUCCUUCUCUUGUUGAGGUACUGGCUCAGAGAGCAGAGUCAGAAGAGCACGCAGCUCUUGACAAGGUGACCGAUUUCGCCAACAAUAACUUGUCUGUGGGUGAAGUGGAUGGAGAGUACGAGCAUGAGGAUGAAGAGCUGGAGAUGGAAGAAAUUGAAUUAGAAGAUCUCUUCAGUGACGAUGAGGAUGAUGAGUAG